ACCGCCCCUGUCUCCUCAAUUGCUCAAGUGAUUACCGUCGCACACGAAAUAUGUUUAGUCGCCGCCAAUCGAUCCCCUCGAAAUAAUCCCCGACUUCCCGCUGGAUAUCAAUGGGCCGGAACAAUCCGCACGCGCUGAGAAAAGAUGCUCUACAACGCUCUCAUCCGGACGCAUCACAUCACCUCCCGCAAAAAGGUAUCGGCCCUCAAACGCGCGGCCGAUGCCCACAGCUGCGUCGUGCUCCUCCGGUCUGGCGGCUGUCCCGGCAUAAUGUACGUCGAAGCGAGUGAGAAGCAUUCUGUUGAAUCGUGGGUGAAUGUGGUGCGAAAUCUGCGCUACAAGGAUUUUCAACUAGCCACCCGCCCUGGGCCUUUGCAGGACGAGAACCAAACAGAAAGCGGGAAGCAAAGGGAGACUUCACAAUCCAUGGCCAAAAAAUCACAGGCUGGAGUGUCUGAGGUUGACACUGUCAAGGAAUUUGGGAGCUUGAUGGAACAACGUGGUGUUUGGAAAUGGUGGAGAAAGGGCAUGGGAUACGUGAGCUGAUAUGACUAUCGGCUGCAUUUGCCAUCUCCAUGGGGAUGACCCCCUAAUCACGGCAGUACAACUCCAGAUCUGCGCUUGCCCAUCCAUCCACAGAGGCAUUCGCAAGCUACCAGGUCCAGGCUUAGGUAUACCCCGGAACUUGACCAAUAUCCGAUUGAGGCUGCAUACAGUCAGUGAUCAUGCUAGACUGGGACUCUAUCCAGUUAUGUCUAGUCAGAUCUUCGAUCCUCAUUUCCGUGCUUCUUGAUCGACUCAAUAUUUGGCCUACUGAA